ACAAAUACUAUUAAAAUGAAGCGCGUCCAAGAUGCGCCAUAUUUUUAUAUUUUUAUUAUUUUAGUGAGGCUAACGGGAUUGGAUUGGGAAAGAGAAGCUCAAGCUCUGGGACCUUUCGCUAUCGGAGCUUCAAGUGGGCGGUGCAUUUUGGACGCUUCCGAGAGGAUACUUCCCAGAAUCCAAACUCAUAUCACAACCAAACAUCGCUUUUUUCCGGAGAUUUCUGGACAAUUGGUUAUAUUAACCGGCCACCAGUUUCCGGUCAGGUACGUUCAGUUACUUAACAUUAUUCGGACCCUGAUGGUGACCAAUGACUAUAUCGCCAUGAACGGCAACAGGUACAGAACGAUGGAGGACGAGUAUAUUAGGAGAUACCACCGGCACGAGAUCAAAGAGCACCAGUGUAGCAAGUCCCUCGUUAAGUAUAUCAAAGCGCCCGUUCCUCUCGUGUGGUCUUUGGUGAGGCGAUUUGAUCAACCACAGAAGUACAAGCCGUUUGUUAGCAGGUGCAUUGUGCAGGCCGGUGAUCUUCAGAUCGGGAGUGUUAGACAGGUGAAUGUUAAGUCAGGAUUGCCCGCCACUACUAGCACUGAAAGAUUGGAGCUUCUUGAUGAUGAGGAGCAUAUCUUUAGCAUGACAAUCGUCGGCGGAGAUCACAGGCUGAAGAAUUACUCCUCUGUCAUUACCGUCCAUCCAGAGAUCAUUGAUGGGAGGCCAGGGACAUUGGUGAUCGAGUCAUUUGUGGUGGAUGUGCCAGAUGGGAACACAAAGGAUGAAACCUGCUACUUUGUGGAAGCCCUUAUCAAGUGCAACCUCAAGUCACUGACUGAUGUCUCAGAGCGUUCAGCUGUGCAUGCCCGGACAGAGCCAAUUGACAGAAUCUAAGAUCAUCUUUUGGGGAGGAUGAGGAUGCAGUGAUGGAAAGUUCUGAGGUGCUGGAUGUCAAAAGCUAAGCAGAGUUUGGUAUUUUGGAGGUGAGGUAAACUUUCUAUACUCCAUAUGUCAAGCUCAUUUGCUUCUUUCCACUGUAAAAUAAUAUUGGGAUAUCUUGCAUCUAUAGUAGCUGUUGAUCAAGCUCAUCAUGGCCUACAGAUUUCUCGAAACAAAACUACAGAUUAUGUUUAUUUUCUGGUUACAAUAAGGGGCAUGUAUCCAACUCAGUUUGUAAAUAUCUAUGUUUGACUGGAAGGCGAUGUUCAUGAAUCAUAUAUUCUUUGUUUGAAUUUUUCAGUGGAAUAAGGUUGAUA